AUGAAGAAGCCUGUUGUCUUUAGACAGUUUUUUGAAAACAUAACAUCUACAUAUACUUAUAUUAUUGGUUGUGAAAAAACAAGAAAUGCUGUUAUAAUAGAUCCUGUUUUAGAGACAGUUGAAAGGGAUGUAAAAUAUGUCAAAGAGUUAAAUUUAAAUCUUGUCUAUGGAAUUAAUACUCAUGUUCAUGCUGAUCAUGUAACAGGAACAGGUGCCUUGAAAAAUAUUUUUUCUUCAAUGAAAUCAGUUUUAUGUUCUUAUAAUAAAGCAAAAGCUGAUAUUUAUAUUAAUUUUAAAGAAAAGUUACAAAUUGGUGAAAUAAAAUUAGACUUUAAAUCAACUCCAGGGCAUACAGAAGGUUGUAUGAUUAUUAUUUCUGAAGAUUUAGAAAGUGCUUUUACAGGUGAUACAUUAUUAAUACGAUCAUGUGGAAGAACAGAUUUUCAGGGAGGUUCUCCUGAAAAACUUUAUAAUUCUAUUCAUGAAAAUAUUUUUACAUUACCUAAUCACUAUAAAUUAUAUCCAGCUCAUGAUUAUAAUGGUGUCACUAAUACAACAGUUGAAGAAGAAAAGAAAUAUAAUCCUAGAUUGACACAGGAUAAAGAAAAUUUUAUCAAAACAAUGAAUAACUUAAAUCUUCCUUAUCCCAAACAAAUAGACAAAGCUGUUCCUUUAAAUAUUAAAUGUGGUAUUGAUUUUUAA